GAAUUGAAUUCGAAUUUAGGCCCAAAUACAAUAGUAAUCAGCGUCAGAGUUCAUUCAUCCAAGAGACGCCGCCGCCGCCGCCGCCGAAGCUGCCGGGAAAAGUCGCCGACUUCAAUCAACACCAGUUCACGUAAUUCUGAAUCCGUAGCGGCUGAACAUGACGAAACCGGAGAAUCGUCACCGCCUACACGCCGUCGUCCUCAGGCGAUAUAGUUUUGUUUGAUGAACAUAUUUUAGUGUUGAGGAUAGAGUGGAGAGAUUCGUCGAUUAAUUCCGGAAUUCUUCACUCGUCGAUGCAAAUGGAUAUAGGUAUCCGAUCGAAUGAAUGAUUUGUUCAUAACCACCUGCUGCUCGACUCGCUUCGCCAUUUUUACGAACACCUUGACUGCACAAAAUUUAUCGCAAAAUGCCCCAACCACCAUUCAAUUCGUUCUCCAGAAUCUUCUUCUCGAAUCAACACAAUCACAGACACAGAGCACUGCAGUCCUACCGAUGGAUGACAAGCAGCAGAAGAGUUCAGGACCGGAGCAAGGACAAACGCGUGCACGACCUCGAAAUCGCGGCACAGAAGCACAAGGUAGUUUCCAAAAUCCUAUAUCUGUUCCAAGUUCUCAAAUCGGAGCAGGAAAACAUCAUCCCCUUACGAAAUCUGGAGCAGCACCGCAGGCAAAUCAAUCUCCCCAGGCCAAACAAGCUCUCAGAUUUCCUCCAUAAGUCUCCCAAGCUUUUCGAGCUAUACAAGGACCAUAGAGGUACAGUGUGGUGUGGACUGACAGAAAAGGGCGAAGAAUUGCUGAAAAAGGAGGAUGAAAUAAUCGAACAGAACAGUGACAAGGCAGCAGAGCAUGUAACCAGAAUGUUGAUGAUGUCUGUAGAUAAGAGGCUACCAGUUGAUAAAAUUGCACAGCUUCGAAGAGAUUUCGGAUUGCCUCAUGAUUUUAGGAAGCAUUGGGUGCAUAAGUAUCCGGAAUUGUUCCGAAGAGUUCAGCCAUUGAAGCCUGUGGAUAAUGUAGAGUAUUUGGAGCUUGUUUCAUGGAAGCCUGAUUGGUCGAUCACCGAAUUGGAGAAGACGGUAUUGGGAAAGAUAGACGGCGAUCAUGUUCCGGGAUUGCUGUCAUUGUCUUUCCCGUUGAAGUUCCCUUCGACAUAUAAGAAGGUUUACAGAUAUGGUGGGAAGAUCGAUCAUUUCCAGAAGAGGGAAUAUCUAUCUCCUUAUGCAGAUGCUCGUGGUUUAGAGCCCGGCUCUUUGGAAUUCGAUAAAAGGGCAGUUGCUGUGAUGCAUGAGUUGCUUAGCUUCACGGUCGAGAAAAGGGUUGUGACUGAUUUCUUGACGUAUUUCAGAAGGGAGUUUGUGAUGCCGCAGAAGCUGAUGAGGCUUUUGUUGAAGCAUUUUGGGAUAUUCUAUGUUUCGGAGAGGGGUAAGAGGUUCAGUGUUUUCUUGAAAGAAGCUUACGAUGGCUCUGAGUUGAUUGAGAAGCAUCCGUUAGUUGUUUGGAAGGAAGAGGUAAUGAGUCAUGUCGGGUAUAGGGGGAAUAAGAAAGGUAUUAAGAGCUUUGAGGAUAUCUCGGACGUAGAAAACAAUUUAUUUCUUGGAAGCGAUUCCGAAGAUAAGGAUAAUCUGCAGCUGGAGCAGGGAAGGAACGAGACGAUGGGCUCUUUGGAGAAUAUAUUGCCUACUUCUGAAGGGUCGGAAAUGGAAGUCGAGGAGGUACAAGGGGCGUAUGAUUCAUGAAUAUACAACUAGGCACUCUCUGGAUGUGUAAUGGCUGACAUGAAUGUGCUCGUCCGAUCUUCUUAUUAGGGGCCCAUCAAAUGAUCUUCCUUAAAUCACAACACUCCCAAGCACAAUGCAGACGACGACGACGCCAUUAAACUAAACAGGUUUAUUCUACCUAGCAACAGCUGCUCUCUCUCUCUCUCUAAUACACCAACACAUGCUCAUAGACAAUCCAGCCUGUCAGCCUGAAUUAUUUAUUAGUCCAAAAGGAUCCCUAAGGUGGGGGAAUUUUAAUAUGUCAUUGUUUUAGUAGAGAUUGAUUUGUUGUUUCCUCAAGAAAAGUAUAGAGCCUCUGCUCUUUUCUUUGUAUUCUUGACCUGGCUAGUGAUUAUACUGCUGGUUUUUUCGAAAGCCAGCCAUACAUAUGUUGUCUUAAUUCGCUUUCGUUUGGUGCCUGUCUGAGAAAAGUAUACCGAGCCUUUGUAGUUUGGCCUGGCAAGAGACACACAAACACACGGCUGUCUUGCUUCUCGUCCAAUAUAUUAUCUUUGAUUGAGCUGUUUCAUUGCAUGAUAAUCUUAGAAAAAUUUUCUCACAGCUAAAGCUUGUUGAUGAAAGAGGCAUGUAUUUGACGAGCGAGGAUGAUUCCUUUCAGUCUCAGGUGAUGACAACCUUACUGGAAACAAAUCGAUAAGAGCCAUUGACUAAAUGAGUCGAGCUCCACGGAACGUGAAAUAUUUGCUG